AUGUCGACCUUGGAGACAAACCCAGACUACUCAGAAGAAAACGAGAACAAACCCCUCCCAUUCAAUCUAUAUGAAGAAGAUGACGAGGAACAAGAUCUCUGGAUCAAAUCAAGACUAGAGUCUCUAGUCAACGGAGCUCUACAGCCCAGUCAACUCGCUGCCGAAAUCGACAACAAAACCACAGAAGAUACCAACCGACAAUACGAGGCAUUAGUUAGCCAACUGAAAGAAGGCGACGACGACGACCUUGUCGUUCCCCCCCCUAGAAUACACCUUUCCCCAUUGUUCUCGGCAAUCGUGCGGCUAUUAUUUGCCUUUCCGGCAAAGCACCCGGGCCAAAAUGCUAUCGUGGAAUUGCUUCUCGCAUUGAAAGCUCUUCCCCGUCAUCCAAUAUAUGCCGGUCUUCCCUCCGAUGAUCUCAGCAAGCCCCACCCCACAGUGACACUCUGGCCCUUUGGUGAACCGGAAGGAGACUGGCAGAUGUUUUGGCUGUAUUUCCAUGAUGAAAUAUUUGAAUGGCUUCCACCAUAUCGCUUGCGAAACCUCAACAGUGCCAUGGCUCGGCUAACCGCGUUGGAAAUUUGUAACUGCGCGGAGCAAAGUGCUCUCCAAUAUAUCCUACCUUCAAGUAGAGACUAUCCCGAUUUGGAGAAACGGCCGAUCGAUGGGCCCAAUAUUCUAGGCAAUAACUUGAUUGCAGCCGCGCAGUGGAUUUUGACAUCCGAUGAAGGCCGUUUCGUUUAUCGAGAGUGUCAAAGCUCUGAAAGUCAGUCUGAGUCGGAAGAUAGUUGGUCUAUUGCCAAUUGGCAAGAGUGGAAAAGGCAGUUUGCUUUUGUUGCGGGGGAUGAGCGAUUUGCUGUAAACUAUCGAACUGUUGCUGGAGAUGCACAUCGUCGAAUGCUGGAAUAUGAAGGGAAAUAG